UGCACUGUGCACGGGUUAGGUCGGUCUAAAACCCUUAUCAACAGCAUAAGAUCAGGAUCUGCAAGAUCAACAUAGUUUCAAACAGGAUGUCCACUGCUACCACCAUGGCUAGUGCCGUUUCCGGCGCUUCGCAGGAUCUGAGAUUCGGACUUACGGACUAUGUGGUCUUCGUCAUCAUGCUGGGCGCCUCGGCGGGAAUCGGAGUCUACUUCGGCUUCUUUUCGAAGACCAAGAACACCACGGAGGAGUAUCUGCGCGGCGGGAAAAAGAUGCAGACCCUGCCCAUCGCCAUAUCUCUGGUGGCCAGUCAGUUAUCUGGGAUUGCCAUAAUGUCCAUUCCGGCGGAAAGUUAUACCUACGGAUUCAACUAUAUAUUCGUAGUUCUGGCCAUGAUUGUGGUGAUACCAAUUUUAAUCUACAUCAUUGUGCCUGUCUUCUACGAGAACAAUGUCUCAAAUUGCUAUGAGUAUCUGGAGAUGAGGUUCAACAAACGCACCCGGCAGUUGGUGACCGCCACCUUCGUGAUGAACUCGUUUCUUAUGCUGCCCGUUUAUAUGUUUAUUCCAUCUUUAGCCUUUGCGCAGGUGACCGGCAUGAAUAUCCAUGUGAUCAACGUAAUGGUCUCCUCCAUCUGCAUUUUCUAUACGAUGCUGGGUGGGAUCAAGGCGGUGGUUUGGACCGAUGUCGUUCAGGGAGGAAUCAUGCUUUUAUCCGUAGUCGCCGUUGGUGUUUUAGGCACCACCCGAUCGGGAGGCAUUUCCACUGUUAUAGAGCAUGCCUCUGAAGGCGGACGCUUUAACUUUGACUUUGGUUUGGAUCCUCGCAUCCGCAUGACUUUCUGGGGCGCCACAAUGGGAGGAAUUUUUAUGUGGACGGGUCACAUUGGCCUGAACCAAAGCUGCGUGCAGCGCAUCGUCUCCCUGCCAUCGUAUUCCCAUGCUAAAAAAUCUCUGAUCAUUGCUGGAUUGGGUUUCCUAAUCAUCAGUUUCUUCAACACUAUCUCGGGUAUUAUUAUGUUUGCCCGCUACUAUGGAUGUGAUCCAAUGAUAGCUGGUCUGGUCAGCAAGCCGGACAAAAUGAUGCCGUUCUUUGUGCAGGACAUCAUGGGUCAUCUGCCCGGAAUGCCGGGUGUGUUCAUCUCCUGCGUGUUUAGUGCCGCCCUCAGUUCGCUCUCGGCCACAUUAAACUCCCUGGCCGGAGUGGUGUACUUCGACUACAUAAAGCCCCGAAUCCGGCACACGGAGGCCCGAGCCAACUGGGCCAUGAAGCUGAUCGUGGUGGUGAUGGGCGGCUACUGCAUCCUGGGGGGCUUCAUGGUGCAGAACUUCAAUUCCAUCCUGCAGACGGUGGUUACCAUCACGGGUAUCAACACGGGAGCCGUGGUGGGGGUCUUCCUCCUGGGAAUGUUUGUGCCACGCUGCAAUGCCAAGACGGCUGUAACCAGCAUUAUCUUCAGUGUGGUCGCCAUGGUGUGGAUCAUUGCCAAUGGGCAGAUUAAUUUCAAGUCCGGCCUGAUUAAGUACGAUGUGCUGCCGAAUUCGCUGGAUCAGUGUGAAGCCCGGGGUCUGCACAUGAUUGCGGAUGUGAUCAACAAGACUGACUUCACUCCCGUCACAGCAAAACCACCUUCUGGAGCACCAGUGACCACCGCCUUCCACAGCGAUCGUGAUUUCUCCCUCUACGACAUCUCGUUUUAUUGGUACAAGGUUCUGGGUACCGCCCUGAUCUUCCUGUGGGCUGUGCCCAUGAGUUACGUCUGGCGACCGGAUAAAAACGAAAAGCAAAAUCCGAAGCUGUACUCGCCCUUUGUGAGAAAGUUCCUAACUCUGCCUGAGGCGGAUCAAGAACUGGAGGAGGUGCCACUGCGAGGUGAGAUUCCCCAUCUCCGGAUAGAUCCUGGCGAAAAGGAAAUCAAAGCUGGUCUCGAAAACUGAUUCAUUUUAGUUAUUUUAAGGCUGAAAUAUGAACAAGACGGUUAAGUAAAAUAAAAUAAACAAAAUUGAACGAAAA